CUUGUAACAUCCACCGCUUCUUGUCUGUGCCAAGACAUGCUGAAUUUCGAAAACGUACUACACAUCUGGAACUCUGUCAGUCAUGAGAAAGCACGGUGUUUCACCUCUAAUUUGUACGAAGAUGACCACCGUUCGGUGGACGCAUGGAAUGCAGUGGAUGUGGAAGUGGAUGGAAUGCUGCAGCACGGCCACGUGAUCGACAUACAAGAUAGCGAUCCACUGUGUCUGAUCGUGGAUUUCGGUUGCCCCUCUCAACAGUCGGUGUCAGUUGAAUACGGAAGGGCAUUCGGCUGCUCCAGCGUUCCGGCAGACGAGCGGCCGAAAGUCCGGAAAAAGAAACGCGCACCAGAAUUAACGGAGUACCCAGAUAUGCAAGCCCUGCUGCGGGCCUGUCCUGAUCAGCCUUGGAUAUGGUAUCCAGCCAGAAUAAUCAUUCCACGCUUGAUAGGUUUAGCGAACUUCGUGAUAGUGGAAGCAACAUUAGCCGGUCAGGUAAUCCGUGAAAUACUUCCUCGAGUCCAGAUUCGGCCAUCGCCAUCCGCAUCUGAGCUCCGGAGUAGAAUAAUCCAGCUGGGACAUUUCUUCAUUACGCUGAACAGCCUGGGCGACAGGUAUCUAACGGUGGUGACGGAUAAGCCAAUUCCUUCGGACCAAGGACGCGAAGGAGAGCAGCAGUGCGUACUGAUCGCUUACCUUCGUUAUAUGCAGCGCCGCCGUAACAAUCUUGCCAAAACUCGAAAUGCGGCAGUGACCGGUGAGUUUUGCCAUGUAUCGGAAACAGACGAUGGAAUGGGUACUAUGUCUGGCGCCUGGGAGCGCGGUUUAUUACUGCCAGUUGUGCUUUUGGCGGAAGUCUUCCAGUCAAUGGAUUCCAUUCAUCGGCAGCAGUGCCGGCGCGUCUGUCGCCUGUGGGGGGACAUUAUCAUCUCUCCGCUGGUUGCUCAACACUUUACCGUUGCGCUGCCAACACCGGUUUCCAAUUCGGCCGACUAUGGCCGCGACCGGAAUGUUAAUUACGUUACAUACAGCUGCAUUUUAAAGCAAAUUACCAGUGCCACGCGAACCAUCUGCUUGCGAGAUAAUGAUUAUAAUCGGCACGAAGUCGUCGCUCAAUUGGAUAGCGACACAUUGGCCGGUCAGACGAUGCAGUAUAUUCAACAAAUCCUGCAGAAUGCCGGUAUUCGCAUUAAUCGGUUGGUGCUGUAUCGGCGCUCAAUGCAGAUGAAUCGCCGAUACUCCUUAGCGGCAAAUAUUGACGACACAGUGGAGCUGUAUUCCAGUCUGGCGUCCUGCUGUGAUCACAUUAUUUGGAAGGAAUGCCAACUGGGUCGCGACGCUGUAACCUUCAACUUUCCUCGUACGGUCAUCAGCCUUGAUUGCGUAAAUGCUUCAGGGCUAUGGGAAACGUUUGAUCGGCACAUUGCAAGCACUGGCCGUUUGGAUUUAGAAGGGAUUGUGCAGUGGACGUCUGGCGCGAUUAGAGAGGGAAAUAAAGAGCAUAAAAGAAAGCUCAUCCAGUGGCCGGUUCCUUUCCACAGAUCCUUCAGGAAUAUCAAGUCGGUGAUCCGCGCUCAUCCGCCCAUUAUUCUAAUACAAAAUGGACUCUGAAGAAUCUGCAGAGUUUGGAUACUACGAAACUGAAUAAAAUCUGUGUAAAUGCCUUAUCGCAUUGUGCCCCGAUGGAGUACCAAUUCAUGAGUGAAAGCUCGGAGGAGGACCAGGAGUCGCAGGAUGAUGAUACAACUUCGGAAGCAGAAAGUGAAAGUUCUACGGAGGAAUCAAUCGAUGAUUAGCAGUAAUUUUAGCAAAUAAGCUAUCACGAAUGAUCCUAGUGCUUAUAUGGUUAUAAUCGGUUAUACGUAUUAAUGUAUUUUAAAGAAAAUAACAGCCUCACGUACUUCGCUAGAUCCUGAACAGGAACAGCGUUGUGCUUCAGUGUUCGUUUAUAAUAAUUAAAGUACUACACAUU